AUGUCUCUGAUAGACCAAGUUGUUCUAACGCAACAACAAAGCACUAGCUUAGCAAUAAUCACAAUAACAACGGUGAGCGCAGCUCUUAUAACAACGACUACAACCACGAACUCAGAAAUGACAGCGGUUUCACAACGCAGUUCACCCACACCUGCACAAACGGCAAUUUCGGCACCAGCCCAAACCCAGCAACGCAGCUCAGCGCAAGUUGACCUACUUAAUCCAACAACCCGUACAUUGACUCAAACGGGUGUUGAUAAGUAUAUACAAGUCAAACAAAAAUUAAGCCCACAGCAACAAAAAAUUGCAAAUCCAUCGAAAAUUGCAAAGACGAAAACCACUGACAUUAACCCUCUCCUGGGAAAUAAAUUUGCUAUUCUGGACAAUGAAUGUGACAAAGAGCCGAAUGAAGUUUCUAAAGCCAAACCCAAACCGCCCCCAAUUUAUUUACGAGAGCAAAACUGUAGUGAGCUCGUGAAUAAAUUAACCUAG